ACUUCCAUUCAAUUCAAAUAAAUUCUCUAUUCUCUUCCAAACAAUCACCACCUCUCUCUGUGUCUCUCUCUUUCUACCACAUUCUUUAUAACCUCUCCAAUUUCACUCUUCUUUCUCACAUUUCCUUUCACCUUUUUUCAACUCCCAUCAAUGUUUGCAUAAUUCACCAUUUCAUUUGAGGUGAAAAAAUGUUGAUGGAGAUUUAAGAAGGCCGAGAGUUAUUGCAUACACAAGUCUGGCAAAUUUUCUAGAGAUAGCUGCAUCAACCGGAACAGGCUUUGGUCUUUUGUUUUCCGGUUUUCGGUUUUGUUCACACAGGUUUUGUUCUCCUUUUCUGCUCUUUCCUACUGAUUAUGGCUAACAAUUCAUUCAAUGUGAUCGCUUUUGAGAUGCAAGCGGCAAUUUGAUUGAUAGAAACUGCGAAGGAAUUGCUAAGAAGAUUGAAUUAAAAGCAUUUAGAGUAGGUUUCAUAGUUUUGGAUGGCAAUACUUAAGUGCUUCUGUGAGUUGAAUGUAAGGAAGGUGAAUAAAAAGGUGGGGAGAGAAAAAUCUUCAAAAGAGAGUUUUGAUACAUUACUUGCCAAACUACAACACUCAGUAUCAUCAGAGACGCGUGAUUCAGAACCAAACACUUUUGAUCUUACUGUAAACCAUGGUUUUCAGAACAGCUCGAGGUCCAAUGUGAGGGUUAUGAGUCUUGAAAACUCGGUGAAAGGUGAAGUGAGAGAAGCUUAUGAAGGGGGAGAUGCGAGUGAAAAUUCCCUGUCAAGCAAGAGGGAACUAUCAGAUUUUGAUCUUCAAUUUGAUGAACCUGUUGCAAGCAAAGAAGGGUAUGAUCCAACUGGAAAAACCCAAGUCACCGAUGAAUUUGAAGAUCAAAGCGAUAGGUACAGUCAAAAGAGCACUGAUACAAAACAUAGUGGACAUAUGAGUGACCCUGGUAUUUGGAGGACCGAUUACUUGGGUUCUCCAAAGCUCAAGCGGUCGUGCUCUAACCUUGAAAAUAGAGAUGUUCGUAGGCAGAUAACUCAAUACUUGUUGUCUCCUUCAAAUUCGCAGUCUUUUGAACACUUUCUUGAUUUAUCAACAAACCCGAUGGUUAAUCUUAAGAGGUCUAGGUCUAUGACAAGUCAUUGCAAUGCUGAUAGAGUGAUGUUGAAAAGGCAUUCUUCAAGCGAAGUACUUCCUUCCGGAAGUAAAAAAUUGUGGUGCAAGUUGUUCCUAUGGAGCCACAGGAGUAUACAGAGAACAUCUAGAAAAUCACUGAGACACAUGCAAUCAUCUGUGUCAAUUACUACUCAUUCCCGUAACAAUAUCAUUGAUGUUGAUGAUCAAACACGGAGCAGAUUUCAAAAGCAAUGGUUUUCUUUCUCGACAGAGUCAUCUUCUUAUGCCAGGGUGGAUGCAUGGGUCAAAGAUCUUGAAAUUCAGGAACCAGUUCUUGAGGAUGAUCUUCUUGACGACAAUGCCGAAAGUAUUUCCUUCCCAUCUUCUCCUGAAGCUGGUAGACCAAUGAUAAGAAACAUAUCUCAGAUGACUCAUUCAAAUUCCAAUCUUUCAAAGGAUAUUUUGAAAGCCAAUUGUAUGGUCCAAUCUCUGAAUCCAGCUUCAUCAAUUGCUCACAUAUCUGGCGUUGGUAUAAAAGCCAUCCCGAUAAUUUCACACUUUUCCAACCUCCGUUCUGUCAACCUGUCAAACAAUUUCAUAGUUUGCAUCUCACCGGGGUGUCUACCAAAGAGUGUUCAAACACUUAAUUUGUCAAGAAACAAGAUAAGCACCGUUGACGGCCUCAAAGAAUUGACUCGGUUGCGGAUACUUGACCUAAGUUAUAACUGCAUCACAAGAAUUGGACAAGGUUUGUCAAGUUGUACACUUAUCAGAGAGCUAUAUCUUGCUGGGAACAAGAUAAGUGAUGUUGAGGGGCUACAUAGGUUGUUUAAGCUGACAGUUUUGGAUUUGAGCUUCAACAAAAUCACGACAACAAAAGUAUUAGGCCAGCUGGUGGCUAAUUACAACUCACUCCUAGUCCUUAAUCUACUCGGAAAUGCUAUUCAGAGAAACAUCGGUGAUGAACAACUAAACAAAACAGUAUCUGGUCUCCUGCCAAAGUUGGUGUACCUGAACCAAAAACCCCUCAAGGGUCAAAGGACGGUGCGGGAGAUAUUAACUGAUCGUGUUGCUAAAGCGGCUCUUGGGAACAACAAGAAGCAGAACUUCGUAAGAAGAUCAAUGAAUAGAGUAGCAAAAGGACAUGGAGGAUCAAGUUCCGGCAGAGGGCAUAGAAGCAGUGCAAGUGUUGCACCGAAAAGCAGGAACCAUACAAAGAGGUGAAAUUCGGGAACAACUCAUUAGAAAGUUGUUUAUUUUGGUCUUUGAAAAUAUUUCAUUUGUAUAUAAAUAAGAGGAAACUUUAUGCAUUGAAUAAUGUCUCUUGGUUUGUUAAGGCCAAAGAGUUGAAGUGGUGAGUGAGUUCUUCAUUUUCACCAACUUUUGUAUGUGGAACUUGAUAUGAUCUCAUUUGGAUUUCAUGAAUUCUAUGAAUAUUAUGUGAAUAAUGUUUUCAAACAA